CAUUAUACAUCGAAUGGGUAGAAACUUUCAAUAUAAUUUAGAGGGUUGGAACUAGGAAUAUAUUGUAUUUACAUUUGUCAAAAAUCAAUUGAUAGAACAUACCAAAUAGGAUUGUCAAUGUGCUAUGUCUUGACUAUUGAAUUUUAUCAUUUUCAUCAGCCGUUGCAUAUCUGCAAUUCUUUCUACAUCGCGGGGUCGAAGACUUGAAGCACAACGACAGAAGCUUGAUUCAGGUGGUAUUCAUGGGUCGGCGGUGGGGUCGGUCGGCCCCCCUCGACCCCAAUUGCCGUUCAUUCCUAGAUCUGGUUGUAUGUUUUGGUUCAUACUAAAAUACUAGCUUUGUUAAUAAUUAAUGGUUAAUUAAUCUCAUUUUGACUUGAUUAAUGAGUUAAAUAUGGAUUGACUUGAUUAACGAGUUAAAUAUGAAUCGAAAUAUAUAGGUUAGGACCAGAAGCGAACACAAUUGAUUGAUUAUUAAUGUAUAGAACAAAAUAUGUUUUUUUUAAUAUACGAGCCUAAUUUUGGUCUUUAAAAUACAAUUACUCUACCUAAUUGACAAAAUCUUUAAACAAUGGACCAAAAUAUCUUUUUAAAUAAAUAUGCGAGACAAAAUUUAAACUUUAGUCAAAAUAAAUAAUAAUAAGUCAAAUAUUGUGCCGCAUUUUUACGAAAAAUUGAAAGUAUUGAAAACAACAUUACAAAUGUAGUGUGGGAGUUAGUCAAAUGUAGUGAGGUUAAUACCUAAUGACCCACAAAUACAAUAAAAUUGGAUCACUAUGUCAUAACCUAAAGUGAUAAAGAAAAACACACUGAGACCCGUUCGGUUUCCUUUAUAUGGCCCGGUGGGGCCCACGUAAAUUGGAUCUUUUUUAGGGCUGUCAAAAUGGAUAUCGGGUAUUGGAUACCCGAUACCUGAACCCGAAAAAAUCGGGUAAUCGGGGGGUAUUGGGUUAUUGGGAUUUUCGGGUAUCGGGUUACCCCGAUACCCGAUCGGGUAAUACCCGAAAACCCGGAAUAUAUAUAAUUUUAUUAAUGUUUUAUUAAUUUGUUAUUGACUGGUAUAAAUCUUCAAUUCAAUAAUAAUGGAAUCAUUUAUCUGAAAAAAUAGUGUUUUUUCUUUUGAAAUUGGAAUUACAUAAUAAAAUAAUUAAUGUUGAUUAUGCAUUUUCUUUGUGUUAUUUUUUUUUAUUGUUUUGUUAUUUUUCUUUAGCUUUUUCCUUUUCCAUUAAAUAUCCAAAAACAUAUUGCGAUGUGAAUAUUUUUUAUUUUAAUUGAAUUUCGGAGAUAAGUGUUUUUAUCUGAAGUAAAUAUUAAACAUUAUUUCUUUCUUAAUCACCAUGAAGGCUGGUUAAUAAACUGAAAAUUCAAUUAAAAUGAAUAAAUCCCAUUAUUUUUGGAAAUUAUGAAAAUGACAAAAAGUUCUUAAUUAUGCCUAUACAAUUACGUAAAUUUACUAUGUUUAUUUAUAUUGUCUGCUAGAAUGCAAUGACGAAUCUGAAAAAAUGGAAUUAACUGCAAGCGAAGAAUUGUGGAAUUGACAAUUUAAAAGCGAAAUUAAUAUGAUUUUUUUUUAAAUCGGGUAUCCGGGUACCCGAUUUUUCGGGACUGAAUACCCGAAUCGGGUAUCCUGGUACCCGAAAUUAUUUUCGGAUCAGGUAUCGGGUAGCAAAAUUUGGGAUUUUCGGGAUCGGGUACCCGAAAAUUUCUGGUCGGGUACCCGAGUUGACAGCCCUUGUUCUUUUUUCAAGUGUUCAGAGAAUUGCGGCUGAUUAGGGAUUUAGGUGUUAGUAUUUGUUUUUUAUUAAAUGGCACGGUGGGGCCCACGUAAUUUUUGCUCUAUUAAAACAAUGAAGCUGAACACCAGAAUUCAACCAGAAUUAACGGCAAAAUGGGUGAGGAAAUUAGCAACAAGCAAGUGAUACUCAACAACUAUGUCAAAGCAUAUGUGAAAGAAUCUGAUAUGUCCCUUAGAACUUCCAAAAUUCAGCUCAAAAUUCUCAGCGGUUGCGACGACGCCGUUUUGUUGAAGAAUCUCUACUUAUCCAUCGAUCCUUUUAUUCUUACCCACAUGAAGAAUGAGGAGCACUUUGUUCCUCCUUACAAGCUGGAUUCUCCUAUUUUUGGAUAUGGAGUGUCGAAAGUACUGGAUUCGUCUCAUCCAAAUUUCAAGACGGGCGAGCUAGUUUGGGGGUUUACUUGCUUGGAGGAGUAUAGCCUUAUUAAAGAUCCAGACACAUUGUUUAAGGUUCAUGAUAAAGAUUUGCCUCUCUCUUAUUAUACAGGGAUUCUUGGCAUGCCUGGCAUGACAGCUUAUGUUGGUUUUUUCGAGUUUUGUUCUCCCAAAAAGGGGGAAACUGUGUAUGUCUCUGCUGCAUCCGGAGCUAUUGGUCAGCUCGUUGGUCAGUUUGCAAAGAACGCAGGUUGUUACGUUGUUGGGAGUGCAGGGAGCAAAGAAAAGGUCGAUCUCUUGAAGAACAAAUUCGGGUUUGACGAAGCAUUCAACUACAAAGAAGAGCAAGACUAUAAUGCAGCGUUGAAGAGGUACUUCCCCGAUGGCAUCGAUAUCUACUUUGAGAACGUGGGAGGGAAGAUGCUCGAAGCGGUGCUAAGCAACAUGAGACUCUACGGUCGUGUUGCUGUUUGUGGGAUGAUCUCCCAAUACAACAUUGAGCAGCACGAAGGCGUCCACAACUUGCUUUACGUAUUGACAAAACGGAUCCGUAUGGAAGGAUAUCAGGCUAACGAACACUACCAUCUAUACCCCAAGUACCUGGAGAUGGUUGUGCCUCUAAUCAAGGAAGAGAAGAUCACAUACGUCGAAGACAUAGCCGAAGGCAUUGAAAGCGUGCCUGGGGCUAUCGUUGGCUUAUUCUCCGGUCGCAACGUCGGGAAGCAGGUGGUGGUGGUUGCUCGUGAGUAAUUCUGAUUUUCGCAGAGUGAAUCAUCGGAAAUAAGGAAGGACUCAAAUAAGGUUAUAAUCAUGAAUUAUAAAUAUAUAAUCAUGAAUUUGAUGUAUUGUUAUUAAUUGAAACAGGAAGGACUUAAAUAAGGUUAAUCAUCCCAAAUAGCACAAUUUGUAUUGCAAUUUUAUUGAUUUUCUAACUAUUGCACAAAUUAAGAGAUUUCACCUCCAACCUCCAUUUCUUAUUUUUAUCUUCCCUUCACUAUUCAUGGCUCUCAUUAUUUUAUUUCCUAUUUAAUUUAUUUAUUAUAAAACUUAAUUAAAAUACGAGAAUUCUAAAUUUUAACUUCCAUAGAUGUCUCUGGUAGGGAUGUCAAUCGGGUCGGCCCAGCGGGUUUCGGGCCAACCCUGCCCGAGUUAUGGGUCAAUCAGAUACGGGCUAAUCGGGUAGUGGUUUUUUUCGGGUUAUAGAAGUUCAACCCUAACCUAAGAACUCGGGUUUCGGGCUAUCCCAACGGGUUAAUCAGGUCGCUACCGAUAAAUUUAACAUGUGAUCAAUCCAAUAAAUAAUGUUGAAAAUUAGCUAUAUUUAUAAAAUGUAAAACAUUCCAUUAUGAUAAAUUUGAGAUAUAUGCUUAAAUUUAAACAUAAACAUAAUUAAAUACUAAUAUUUGAG